CCCACAUGUCAAUCUCGCCGCGUUCCCCGAGGCACUAUCCCCAACCUCACAGCUUCCCCCACGCCGAGCGGCACCGCGCGCGCACGCGACCAUCGAUCGAGCACUACACCUAGCAGCAGAGCAUGCAGCCGCCGUGCCUGGGCGCGUGCGGCGGCGGCGGGCUCGCCCUCCCCGUCCCGCGCCGCCGGGUCUCCUCCUCCUCCUCCCGCGGCGUCGCGCCGCCUAGGGCCUCCGUCUCGUGCUCCGCCGGGGGCGGCAAGGCGUCGCCGAGGGGGAAGGAGAACGUCUGGAGCGUCGACAACGAACGCGCCGCAAAGGAUGCGGGCCGGGGCCCGAAGCACCGCCGCAGGAGGCGCCCCGGCGGACGCCGCCUCCCGCCGCCGCCGCCGAGGAGGAAGGGCAAUGAUGCGGACUCCAGGGUUCUGGUGUCUGGAGCCAUGCUCGUGGAGGUCGAGACCGUGCUCCAAACUCAGGAACCUGUUAUAAAGCCUUCUUGGGAUACAUUUGCGAGUAGCUUAAGUGGUAACUGGAAGGGUGUUGGAGCUGUCUUCUCGCCAAUCACAGCAGAGAUGGAGCCUGUUGGAGUUGGGAGCAAAGAAGAGUACCUUUAUGACUGCUACACUCUUUCUCACAUCGAGAAAUGUUUUGAUAGUGGUCAUGGCUCCGAGAUCCGAAGGAGAACAAAUUGGGUCCCUAUCAAUCCUUUCGGGGAAGCUGUGAAGCAGAUCGCAUCAUAUGGCGGUGGGAGUUAUGAUGCUUCUAGUGGGAAGGGAACAGCUGAUUUGCCUUCAUAUGAGUCUUUUGAUCUUAACAGAAGUGCUGUGCUUGAUGAAGAAACUUUUGCUAUGGAGCCUGGAAUCGUAUUUUUUGAGGAUGGAUCAUACUCUAGAGGUCCGGUUGAUAUUGCAAUUGGUGAAUAUGAUGAAUCUAAAUACUUCCUUUCACCAACAUAUAAGUUUGAGCAAUGCCUUGUCAAAGGUUGCCACAAUAGGCUGCGGAUUGUGCAUACAAUUGAGUUUAACGAAGGAGGAGCUAACAUACAAAUUGUAAGGGUUGCUGUAUAUGAAGAAAAAUGGGCCAGCCCAGCAAAUAUCCAUGUUGAAGAUGAUACACUUGUUGAGCUUAAACCAUUCUCCCAAAGAAGCCGGACCAAACCAUCAGAACUGACAGGCUCCUGGAAAGUAUACGAAGUCAGUGCAACACCAAUUUUCAGUGAUGAAAUGCAAGAGCUAGAGGGCGGUUCUCCUUUCGUCUACUUGUGCAUGGAGACUGUGAAGAAGAGAACCUUGCCUGAGAGCUCAGUUGUCUUUGGGGAGGAGGAGAUACUCGACAUGCAGGAUGUCACCGUGCUUUGGUUACCUGGUGGCGUCACUGCCUAUGUUGACAUCAAUGAGGACGGUGUGCUCUGUAUUGGGGUUGGGUGGUACUCAGAAGAAGGGAUCAAUCUGGUGAUGGAGAGAGACUAUGGAACUGAUGGAAGGCUCAGGGAGGUUCGGAUGAAAACUGAAGUAAAACGCCGGUGGUAUCAGUCAGUUCCAUAAUAACCCAAAGAAUCACUUACUUGUUUCUGAAUAGGAGUGUAGGAUCAAUCUCCAAUAAUGCUUAUGGAGUAUGAAUUACACCAAACCUUUGUGACAGGUUUGAUGUACUUCAUAGAUAACUUGUAAAUUUGUGUUGCCUCUGUAGAAUGUGGAUGUUCUGGUUUCAUCAGUAAGAAAAUUGAGCUUAAAAAAAAAGCUCAUUUGCCGUUUGUCUAUGCA